CCGUCUAUUGAACCUCUCUCACUGUACAAGGUAGGACCACCGAUUAGGAGCCACGGCCACAAAAUUCGCCACGAUUUGUCAUUUUUCAUCUGGGACAGGCCAACACUAUUCGUAUUUUUAAGACACUUAAUAUUCUUGCACAGUUAUUGACUGGAACUGAAUCAACACUGAACUGACUUCAGCUGAACAAUGACACUAUUUUCUUUUUAGAUCUGCUUAACAAGUGAACUCUGUUUGCAUCGAUUCAUUAUUUUCCUUUUCCACUCUAAGCUGCUUUGAAACAAUCUGUAUUGUAUAAAAAAUAAGAUGUAGAAUGCAUGUAAAAGUGCUUUAUAAAGAUCUUUAUCAGAUAUUUGUACAAAUGUGUUUUCGUGUGCUAUCUGUGGAUACUAGAAACUUCCAGGCAGGUCUGUUGAGGCAAGCUGCAGGACAGUGCUGAUUAGUGAGCUAUUUGAAUCGCAUAGCAACUCACACAAAUGAUCUUUCUUUCUUUCUUUCUUGCCAAUAGGAAACACUUUUAUUUUGGUGCGAUAUGACGUCAAAAGGCUGCGCCGCGCUCCUUCAUCUGUUGUGAUUUGGCUGAAGAUUGACCAAACACAGAGAAAAACUCCUGGCGAAGCAACUGAGAUCUACAUGACACACUAUUAUAAAGAUGGCGUUUAUUAAAGAGGAGAGUGAAGACAUGAAGAUUGAAGAAACAUUAAGUGUGAAACAAGAAGAUACUGAGGAACAAACAGACCUGAUGCCACUGAAAGAGGAGAGUGAAGUCCUGAAUGAUAUGGAAGAGAAAGACCAGUAUCAGAAACAUCAUGCUUUCAUAACUCAAGAAGAAUCAUUUAGUUGCUCACAGACUGACAAGACUUCAUCACAAAAAAUAGCUCUGAAGAGAAAAAAUAGAAGUAAUUUCACCUGCUUUCAGUGUGGAAAGAGUUUUGCUCAAAAAGGAAACCUUAAAAAACACAUGAGAAUUCACACUGGAGAGAAAGAGCCUUACUCCUGCCAACAGUGUGGAAAGAGCUUCUCUCAAAAAGGAAACCUUAAAAUCCAUAUGAAAAUUCACACUGGAGAGAGCUCUUACUCCUGCCAACAGUGUGGAAAGAACUUCACUCAAAAAGGAAACCUUAAAAUCCACAUGAGACUUCACACUGGAGAGAGCUCUUACUCCUGCCAACAGUGUGGAAAGAACUUCACUCAAAAAGGAAACCUUAAAAUCCACAUGAGACUUCACACUGGAGAGAGCUCUUACUCCUGCCAACAGUGUGGAAAGAACUUCACUCAAAAAGGAAACCUUAAAAUCCACAUGAGACUUCACACUGGAGAGAGCUCUUACACCUGCCAAAAUUGUGGAAAGAGAUUCACUCAAAAAGGAACCCUUAACAGGCACAUGAAAAUUCACACUGGAGAGAACCCUUUCACCUGCCAACAGUGUGGAAAGAGCUUCACUCAAAAAGGAAACCUUAAAAUUCACAUGAAAAUUCACACUGGAGAGAGCUCUUACUCCUGCCAACAGUGUGGAAAGAGCUUCACUCAAAAAGGAAACCUUAAAAUCCAUAUGAAAAUUCACACUGGAGAGAGCUCUUACUCCUGCCAACAGUGUGGAAAGAACUUCACUCAAAAAGGAAACCUUAAAAUCCACAUGAGACUUCACACUGGAGAGAAGCUUUACACAUGCCCUCAGUGGGGAAAGAGUUUCACAUAUAAGAAAUCCCUUGACUCCCACAUGAGAAAUCAUACUGGAGAUAACCCUUUCACCUGCCAACUGUGUGGAAAGAGCUUCACUCAAAAAUGUAACCUUAAAAUCCACAUGGGAAUACACACUGGAGAGAAGCUUUACACAUGCCCUCAGUGUGGAAAGAGUUUUACUCAAAAAGGAACCCUUAACAGGCACAUGGAAAUUCACACUGGAGAGAGCUCUUUUACCUGCCAACAGUGUGGAAAGAGUUUCAAUCACAAAGGAAACCUUAAAACACAUGAGAAUAUACACCAGAGAGAAGCCACAUACAUGUAUCAUUUUCCUAUUAGCAAUGUAAAGCUGCUUUGAAACAAUCUGAUUUGUAUAAAGUGCUUAAUAAAGGGGACUUGACUCUGUGGAAAAAGUUUCACGGCAGCACUAAACCUUUGGUAUCACAUGAACAUUCACUGGAGAAAAGCUGUUCAGAUAAGAUAGUUGUGAAAAGAGAUUCACACUAAAGUAAACCUUAAAUGUCUGGUUUCACAGACAGGGCUUAAACUAAGCCAGGAUUCAAUUAGGACAUUUAACCCUUUCACACAUGAGUUUAAAAUAUUCUAGCUGGCACUCCAGAGUGAGUUUUUUUAAGGCGACUGUUAUUUUGGAACGUUUUCCCUAAUUUUUUUCCAUGGCGACGCAUCAUGCUUGUCUAGUAACACACCGCGGCGACAAUAACACUGUAUGACAGAUGGAUCGCUAUUAUUUUGUUUUUCAUUUUUUAUUUAAAAUAUUAACAAUCUUGCUUACCAUGUCAUCAACUAUCUGAUAUUCCGAUUCUCAAAUAUGUGUAAGUGUGUUUUGUCAUUUCAAAACUUUAUAAAUGAUCUUUAUCUUAAUCUAUAAUGCGAAAUGGGAGCUUACAACUUAGUUUGCACCGCAGUUCACAGAGUCCUGUCAGUCAGAUUUACAGCAUAUGAAUUCAUUAGUUUCUCCCUAAAUACAUACAAGCAAGUGGCUACUGAACUAGAAGAAUAAUAGAGCAAACUUUAUAGUUUCUCAGGCCCACUAUGUGUGUCUGAUAUGAAUAAACGUCAGCAAAUUAUAUUUGAAUGGAUUGUUAUUGCUGCUUCCACUGAUGUCUGGCAUCAGUGUGUAUUUUAACUCUAAAUGUAUUGUUUUAAUGGUGCUUAUGUGUAUUUAAAUGUCUGAAACCUUAAAAAAAACAUUGUGUGGCUGAAAACACUACAUAGUUGUGAUAUAUGACAAGCGCUGUGCGCGUCCAUCUCACAGCCGAAGCGCGAAAGCACAGUUUGAAUCUGGCAGUUAUGUGACGUCACUGAACACUCUAAAUCCCAUAUGUGGGACCGUCUCUCAGAAGCACAGAAAUAAAAAUUCCAUAUGUGGGACCAUACCACUCAAAAGUCUUAAGUAGCUUUUAUAAAUGUACCCUAGAAACAAAACAUUACUGGUAUGCAUCUUGAGUCAAAACAAUGACAGCUCAAACAUGCAUUUUAGUCUCGGACUAGCUUAAGCCUUGUCUGUGAAACCGGAGGAAAGUGUAACUUUACCAGUUUUCAACCCGCUUUGUAUUGUUAAGGAAGUAUAUUGUUUGUGUUAUUUGUAGUAAAUGUAAAUUAAAAAUGUUUACUCAU